CACACAAGCAAGAAAAGCAUGGAACACAGUUUCUACCUCUCCCUUCUACUUCUCUUUGUUUCAUUCGUAUCUCUUUCUCUCUUCUUCCUCUUUUACCGUCACUGGUCUCCGUUUACGGCCCCAAACUUGCCACCGGGAAGGAUGGGUUACCCAAUCCUCGGGGAGAGCAUCGAGUUCUUGUCCACCGGAUGGAAGGGACAUCCUGAGAAGUUCAUCUAUGAUCGCAUGAUCAGGUUUUCCUCUGAAAUCUUCAAGACCUCCAUCUUUAACGAACCCACCGUUGUGUUUUGCGGACCCACAUGCAACAAGUUCUUGUUCUCCAACGAGAACAAGCUGGUUAACGCGUGGUGGCCGGAGAACGUUAAAAAGAUUUUCCCAACAACGAUCGAUUCCAAACUGGAGUCCAAGAGGAUGAGGAAGUUGCUACCACAGUUCCUCAAACCUGAAGCUCUGCAACGCUAUGUCGGCAUCAUGGAUUCCAUAGCUCAAAGGCAUUUUUCUUCCCAUUGGGAAAACAAGACGCAUAUCACCGUUUUUCCUUUGGCCAAGAGGUACACGUUCUUGUUAGCUUGUCGUUUGUUCAUGAGUGUGGAGGAUGGAAAAGACGUAGAAAAAAUAGAAGGCCCUUUUCAUCGUUUGGCGUCCGUAAUCUUAACACUGCCAAUUGACUUGCCUGGAACGGCAUUCAACAAAGGAAUCAAAGCAUCAAAGUUCAUAAGGAAUGAACUUUUGAGGAUCAUAAAGCAGAGAAAGGUGGAGUUGGGUGAAGGGAAAGCGUCCCCAGCACAAGACAUACUGUCUCACAUGUUGUUGACACCCGAUGAGGAUGGACAUUACAUGAAUGAAAUGGAUAUUGCUGAUAAGAUCCUUGGCCUUUUGAUUGGAGGACAUGACACUGCUAGUGCUGCAUGCACUUUCAUAGUCAAAUACCUUGCUGAGCUUCCUCAUGUUUAUGAUCAAGUAUACAAAGAGCAAACGGAAAUAGCAAAAUCAAAAUCUGAAGGAGAGUUGUUAACUUGGGAUGACGUCCAAAAGAUGCGAUACUCUUGGAAUGUAGCUUGUGAAGUAAUGAGACUUGAUCCUCCACUCCAGGGAAGUUUCAGGGAAGCCAUCACUGACUUCAUCUUCAAUGGCUUCUCAAUUCCGAAAGGAUGGAAGUUAUACUGGAGUGCGAAUUCGAGUCAUAAGAAUCCAGAAUAUUUUCCAGAGCCGCAGAAAUUCGAUCCAAGUAGAUUCGAAGGCAAAGGACCAGCUCCUUACACUUAUGUGCCAUUUGGUGGAGGACCUAGAAUGUGCCCUGGUAAAGAGUAUGCAAGAUUGGAAAUACUGGUUUUCAUGCACAACCUAGUCAAACGCUUCAAGUUGCAAAAAUUGAUUCAAGAUGAAAAAAUUAUAGUUGAUCCAGUGCCCAGACCUGCAAAGGGCCUUCCAGUCCGCCUUUAUCCUCACAAAGCCUGAAAGAAAGGUCAUGGAUCUUGGUACUAACUGGUGGUUAUUCGUAUACUAAGUCUACAAACUAAUACUUAUAUUGUUACACUGUUUUCUUCUUUGAAUUUGUAUCCUAUAUAUAUCUUGCUUUGUUGAACUUCAAAACUUAAAAGACUAAAUUCAAAAGAAUAAUGCGACUUGCAGAAAGAUUGUAUGGUCAAGCUAUG